AAAAAAAAGAAACACCCUUUCUUCUUUUAUUGUUCAAUGUGUAGAUUUCUAUUAUAUAAAGGCAAACAGCCUAUUUUACUUGCUCACCUGAUUACUAGACCAAAGCAUUCUAUUGUCAAUCAAUCAUUUGACUCUAGAUUACGACUUGACACAAGACGUCCAUUAAACGGCGAUGGAUUUGGCGUGGGGUGGUAUGAAACUGAAUCACAAGAAAACGAGGACGAGCCAAUUACACCGUGUAUCUUUACGUCCGUUACACCUGCUUGGAACAAUAUCAAUCUAGUUCGACUGGCAGAAAAGAUUCGAAGUCCUCUCGUAUUUGCCCAUGUUCGUGCAAGCACUUCCGGUUCCGUAUCUGAAACGAAUUGUCACCCUUGGUCUUAUGGUCGCCUCAUGUGGAUGCAUAAUGGUGGAAUUGCAGAGUUUGAAAAGAUUAAGCGAAAAUUACAAAACUCGCUAUCUGAGGAACUUUUUUUGUUUGUACAAGGAAAUACGGAUUCUGAAUGGGCUUUUGCAUUAUUCUUGAGCUUUUUAUCGGAUCCUAACGCAAAUGCUUUUGAACACCAAGAAUUAAAAGAUGCCAUGUUAAAGACAAUUGCUCAAUUAAAUCAAUGGGCUGAGGAAUACGAUAUUACAGAACCAUCUCUCUUAAAUUUUGCUGUAACAGACGGUGAAACAGUCGUCUGUAUUCGUUAUACAAGCAGUAAAACAGAAGAGGCUGCCUCGCUAUACUUCUCUUCAGGCACCCGUUUCGAAUGUUAUCGACCUGGUCAUUAUCGUAUGGUGAAAGCAGACAGAAGAGAGGACAUUGUUGUCGUAGCAAGCGAACCUCUCACUUUUGAAAAAGCUGACUGGCUUACAAUUCCCACAAACAACAUCCUGGUGGUCACACCCAAACUCAACGUUUUAUUACAACCCAUCAAGGAUAAAUUUUAUACACCAGAAAGAGGCAUGGAAGUCAAGAUCGGUGAUGAAGAUGUUGCAAUCAUACCAGAGCCAAAGGCUCAAUUAUUUAAAGCACAAGCUGAAGAACAAAUGCAACACGAUUCACCUAUACUAGUCGUAUAAAUAUCCCAUAAAUUAAUAAAACGCUCAUUCAACCACUAUCCUUAAAUGAAAAAAAAAACAUAGAUCAGACAAACAUGUUUUAUUCGUUUUCUUUGUAUCGAUCGCUUUACUUGCACUGAUUGCUAUAUCAAUCCACGUAUAGGAAGACGGUUAAAGUCCAUUUAUGAUACAGGAAUAGGCUCUCUCAUACUCGCCAAUUUAUAGAUUCAAGUGGACAAAAAAGCGG